AUGGCGACUGUUUGGCGGAGUUUCAAAUUUUUUGAGUUGGAGGUGUUGAAGGGGCCACUGAGCCGCAUGGAGAUGACGAGCUGCUGCUACGGCCAUAAGGCCAUUUUCGUCGGCGACGGCGAGGGGUUUGUGUACGCCUUAAACCGCGGCGGCACCGCAACGACGUUGGAGUUCUCCGCAUACAAGGGGGCUGUAACGCACAUGAAGCACAUACGAUCACGGAAUGUGCUUGUCACCAUCGGCGACGACGACGCGUUGAACACAGGCAUCAUGCGGGUGUGGAACUUGGACGCGGUGUCAGAGUCGGCCCCACCGUACAGAGAGCAUCGCCUUUUUAACGCGAAGCACCCACCGCCGUCUGAAAGCAUUGUUCUUCGUACCAACUACAACACGGAACUGAUGAACUCGCUGAAAUUCAGAGGACGAGACGGGGAUGCAGUGAACGCCAUCCCUGCGACGGCGUUUCGCACGGUUGUGGUGGACUUUGAUGUGUCGGAGGAUCUUCAGAAUGCCGCGGUGGCGCUCGUCAGCGAUGAGAUUGUUGCGCUGCGCGGCGACCUUGAGCACGAUCCCACCGUGAAAAUUUGUCGCAUUCGUAGUGGUGUGGCGCGUGGGGCCGUUGCUUUUGUCGGAUUCCCGGGGGCGAAGUUCACGCCACGCGCGGCGCAGGGCAAACAGCAUCUCUUUGGACUCGGUAUCGGGAAUCCCAACGCCAACGCCAAUAGCAGUAGCAUCAACUCAAGCACAGCGGUGGCGCACGCGUUGUACACCGUCUUUGCAGAUUGUGUGACGGUGUGGCAGGUGACAGGGGCAGCGGAGUACAAGGAGCACCGCUGUGACCCACCGUUUGGUGCGGCGCCGGAAUGCUGCUGCCUGACGGACGACGGUCAAUUAGUCGUUGCAAGCGCCACAAACGAUCAGAUAGCCGUAUUUGGCAGCGAAGCGGUGUUGUCGCCGUCAGCGCGGACGGCUGCCUCGCUUCCGGUAUUCGACCCCACACUUUUUGGUGCGGUGCACUUCGCGGAGGUGGAAGGGCACAAGCGGCGAAUUCUCGCCCACCGCAGUUACGUCGUCGUGCUAACGCAGAGCAGUACACGGUCGGAAAAAUUUACGCUGCAAUGCUACGACAUUUUGAACGGCCUGCGGUGUUUGAGCCGCACGCAGGAAAGCUCUUGCACCAACGCCGCGUGGGUAAUUGCCGAUGCGGCAGAUAUUCUUGUCGUUUGUCAGGAGGCGAAGCAUGAUGAGUUUGUGGCGCAACGCGUUAUGCGGCUGGUGGAGACGGAACUGCAGGCACGGCUUGAGCAACUUUUUCAGAAGGAGUGCUACGAUGUGGCGAAGCGAAUUGUGCGUCGGCUGCACGCCGCGGACGCCUCGCAGCAGAUGAGCAUACAGAAAAAGUACGGCGACUACCUCGUCUCGAAGGGGAAGUACGCGGAGGCCAUCGAUCAGUACAUUGAGGCUAUUGGCUUUCUUGAGCCUUCUUACGUCAUCCGCAUCUUCGUCAAUGGGCAACACACGGCAGAACUCACACGUUACUUGGAGGAGCUGCACCACACACGACACGGGAACCUCGCUAACCGCAGCCACACAACGCUGUUGCUGAAUUGUUACAUCAAGCUGCGUGAUGAGGCGAGGCUGUCGGAAUUCAUCCACCGCGAUGACAUUCGCUUUGAUGCGCACAAUGCAAUUGAGGUGUGUCGACAGGCGGGGUACUACGAUGCCGCGAUUUAUCUUGCGGAAAAAUACGCUCAGCCACACGACUACGUCAUCAUUCAGCUUGAGAACCUUCACAACCCGAAGAAGGCACUUGCGUUUAUUCGGACUUUGUGCGUUGACGACGCCGAGGCCAUCCUGCUGGAGGUCGGGAAGGAUCUUGCCGGAAUGGAGCCACGCGUCUGCACUGAAUUAUUGGCGGAGUUGUGUAUUCAGUGGAAAGGGCCUGCACGGCGUCUCGCAGAUCCUGCCCACACACAUCGCAGUUCCCCACAGGACUACGGCUUUCGUCUUCAACAGCAGCCAACACAUCAUCAUGUGCAACAGCAACAGCAAUCACGCCCGUCUCACCGUAGCGAGGCGAAGGACUUCAUGCACGUGUUUGUGGAUUCUCCUGUGUGUUUAUUGUACUUUCUGCGUGCGGUGGUGGAAAGCGGUGUGCUUGACGGCGGAGGCGAGUCGCAGCGGGUUGUGUACAACACCCUACUGGAGCUGUACAUGACGCGGGAACUGAAACAGUGCAUCCGCCACCAGGUCACGCCAGAGGGGGCGGAGGUGUACACAGUGGAACCGUAUGAAAGGCGGCUUGAACAAGCGUUGACAUUUAUUGAAGCGUACGCCGGUAGUUACGACGACUAUCAUGCCCUGGCACUGGCGGAACAACAAGAAUUUGAGGAAGGUGUGUUGUUAUUGUUGCAGCGUCUGCAUCUCUCCUCGGAUAUCAUGCAGUACUACGCGAAAAGGUUGGAGGAGGGUGCUACGCCAGCCAUACGACGGGCGGCGAGGGAGAAACUUAUCGAAACCUGCCGUUGUCGACUGAAUAGGGACGGUACCGACAAUGACAAUAAUAGUAAUAAUAACAAUAAUAAUACUAUUGGCGGUCCUGGUGCUGGCCAUAGUAGAGCGAAUAUUGAUAGCAGUAGGGGGAAGACGGAUGAAUCCACGAAGGAGUUGUGGCUAUCGCUUCUCUCGCUGCUUGUCCGCAGCCCGGAUACGGAGUGGCAAGACCUCGUGCAGGUGCUGCAAUACAUUGAGGAGCAGGAUCUCCUCUCUCCGCUAUCCGUGGUGGAGAUACUCAGCACGAACCCGAGGCUGCAGCUUUGCACAGUUCGCGAGUACGCGCUGCGGGUGAUGCGGAAGGACGAGCAGCGGACGGAGGCGUUCCACGUUCUUAUUGACACGCGGCUGAAGAAACUUAGGGAGUUGCAUGGCGAAAUUGACGCGCUGCAAACGAAAGCCACCGUUUUCCAGGCGCACAAGUGUUUUCACUGCCACGCCGCGCUGGACCUCCCGGUCGUGCACUUCAUGUGCCAACACUCUUUUCACCAGCGCUGCCUCAAUGACAUCACGGAGUGCAACGUCUGCGCCCCGGCCCACCGGCGGCUUGCCGCGGAGCAGCGCGAGGCGGAGGAGCGGCACGGGGAUCCCAAAAUAUUUUUUGAGCGUUUAGGCGCCGCUCAUGACGCGGAUGGGUUCUCUGUCGUAGCCGAGCAGUUUGGAAAAUGCAUUUUUGCCGCCCCACAACUGCGUAAAGAGGCAACGCUUUUUUUUGGCGACCCCAUGGUGCCCGGAGCCGUGAGUGCUGCGGGUGCUUAUGGUGGACGCAGCGGCCCCGCUAUAUCGAGUGAGGAUGAGGAUGAUUAUGAUGAUAUGAGACGAGCGGCAAUGGCAGACGGGGAAGAGGUGUACGAUGAGGACGGUGAGCUGCUAAGGCCGGAGGCCAUCGAAUUGUGGUAG